ACCAGUAUGGUAACCAUUGAUAUUUUAUAAAUGAGCAGAUGCGCACAUGGUUCACGCUAUUUUAUUGGUGAACAUCUGCGCACUAACUAUUUUCUUAUCAGUACAAACCAGAUUUUCUUUCUAUUAUUGUUAUAAUACAGUGGAAACCCCAUGUUCCUUUCCUUUUGUUGUUGAUCUCAUUUCACACUACAGGUGCAAUCAAAGCAUAUCUUAGCCCGUGGAUGAAGAAGACCAUUUUCCUUCAAGAUAUUUGGAGUUAUUAUUUUAAUAUUAGAUUGUUGAUAAAGAUAAACAGAAAAUUAUUGAACUUACAAAGAUGGAAAAAAGCACGACUGUUGUAGAUAAUCAAGAACAACAUAAAAAGAUAAAAAUAGGGAAAGAACAUAUCAAAUGGAUACCUGGUUUUGACUUUGAUUCUAUCUUGCCAGUUAUAUCAGUCAGCUUUUUAAUACUUGCAUGCUUUGCUGUUGUCCAACAUUCAUAUAUGCAUCCAUCUAAUGCUGAGUAUGGCACCAUUUCUGUUCUUGCAUUGAUUUUGUGUGGCGUAAUGCUGAUAACAGUUUUAAUGUGUCUUUUAAUACCUAAUAUCUUCUUGGAAUGGAGUGUUGCCUCAUUUGUUAACAUUAUAACAGAAUGCUUUUUAAUAAUUGCAUUUUUUGCCUUGGGCCAAGUGUAUGCCACUUACUCAUCUACUUCUGAAUUUGAACUUGAUUUAUUACCGAUUCUUGCAGUACUUUCCUGUGCCUUGUUCCUAUUAAUUCUUGUCGUUGUACAAAUGAAAAAUAAAAUGGCUGUUUUAGAGAUUGAAAGUAACCAUUUUACAGCCGAAAUAAGCAAGCUAACAACAGAGAUCACACAUUUUAGAGAUGAAAUCUGCUCAUUUAAAAAGGAAGUUAUUUACAAUGAAAUUCAAAUUAAAUACUUAAAUGCUAUGACGAAAGCGUUAAGAACAGACUUGAAUUACAUUGAUGUCGAUGUUUACCAAAUUAUAAAUGAAGUCAGCAACCAUGAGAAUGAAAUCAAAGGUCUGAAAAUGGGAUCAAAAACCUACUCCAAAAUUUCAGAAAUUCAUCAGAACAGAGCCACGGAAAAGAAAUAACUAGUUAAAACCAGACAUUCGGAUCUACUAUGUAAUUAAAUGUAUACAUUUUAUGUAAAUAUUAUAAGUUAAUAAAGCUUGUGCUAGUGAAAA